CUGUCACCGGAAGUACGUACAGUGGACUUCCUUUCUUUCCUCCGUGCGUGGUCUGCCGGUUGCAGUGAGGUUUUUAUCUGAGAAACCUACAAUAAAGAAUUAAACUUCAUCAUGUCUUAUCCAGCUGAAGAGGAAGAGGCGAAUUAUGACCCUUAUACCUACCCAAAUGAUUAUGACUAUCACACGGGUGAUCCUAAAGCUGAUCUGGCUUAUGAACGUCAGUAUGAACACCAACAGACCUAUCACGUGAUCCCUGAGGUCAUUAAGAACUUCCUGCAGUAUUUUCAUAAAACCAUCUCUGAUCUGAUCGACCAGAAGGUUUACGAGCUGCAGGCCAACCGGGUGUCCAGCGAGAGCAUCGAGCAGAAGAUCUACGAGAUCCAGGACGUUUAUGAGAACAGCUGGAACAAGCUUACAGAUCGCUUCUUUAAGACAUCUCCAUGGCCAGAGGCAGAAGCCAUUGCUUCCCUGGUUGGUAAUGAUGCAGUUUUCCUGAUCCUCUAUAAAGAGCUGUAUUACAGGCAUAUCUACGCCAAAGUCAGCGGAGGUCCAACUCUGGACCAGAGAUUUGAAUCGUACUAUAAUUACUGCAACCUCUUCAACUACAUCCUCAAUGCUGAUGGACCUGCACCAUUGGAGCUUCCUAACCAGUGGCUGUGGGACAUUAUUGAUGAGUUCAUUUACCAGUUCCAGUCGUUCAGUCAGUAUCGCUGUAAAACAGCCAAGAAAACCGAGGAGGAGAUCGAAUUCCUGAGGAACAAUCCCAAGAUCUGGAACGUUCACAGUGUGCUGAAUGUUCUUCACUCUCUGGUGGACAAGAGCAACAUUAACCGGCAGCUGGAGGUUUACACCAGUGGAGGUGACCCCGAGUCAGUGGCUGGGGAAUAUGGCCGUCACUCGCUAUACAAGAUGUUGGGUUAUUUCAGUCUUGUGGGAUUGCUGAGACUUCACUCUCUGCUGGGCGAUUACUAUCAGGCCAUUAAGGUCCUGGAGAACAUUGAACUCAACAAGAAGAGCAUGUACUCGCGCGUGCCCGAGUGUCAGAUCACGACCUACUACUACGUGGGUUUCGCUUAUCUGAUGAUGAGACGCUAUCAGGAUGCCAUCCGCGUCUUUGCCAACAUCCUGCUCUACAUCCAGAGAACCAGAAACAUGUUUCAGAGAUCCACCUACAAAUAUGAGAUGAUCAAUAAACAGAAUGAGCAGAUGCACGGCCUGUUGGCUAUUGCUCUCACCAUGUACCCCAUGCGCAUCGACGAGAGCAUCCACACGCAGCUCCGUGAGAAAUAUGGCGACAAAAUGCUGCGCAUGCAGAAAGGAGAUCUUCAGGUGUUUGAGGAGUUGUUUAGUUUUGCAUGCCCUAAGUUCCUGUCGCCUGUAGUUCCAAACUACGACAACGUUCAUCCAAAUUACCACAAAGAACCAUUCCAGCAGCAACUGAAGGUGUUCGCCGAAGAAGUUCAGCAGCAGGCACAGCUCUCCACCAUCCGCAGUUUCCUGAAGCUCUACACCACUAUGCCUGUGGCCAAGCUGGCCGGAUUCCUCGACAUGACCGAGCAGGAAUUCCGUAUCCAGCUGCUCGUCUUUAAACACAAGAUGAAGAAUCUGGUGUGGACCAGCGGCAUCUCCGCUCUGGAUGGAGAGUUUCAGUCGGCUUCUGAGGUCGACUUUUACAUCGACAAGGAUAUGAUCCACAUUGCAGACACCAAAGUUGCCCGUCGCUAUGGAGAUUUCUUUAUUCGACAGAUCCACAAGUUUGAGGAGUUGAACCGGACCCUGAAGAAAAUGCCCCAGGCUGGCGCGUCUUCGACUACCAGCAGCGCCACAUCCCGUGCCACAUAAUACAAACCCCAUUGGACCUGAUCCUCACCCAGUCAGAACCCACUUGAUUAGACUCUGAUAUUUUCCCCGAACUUCUCAACCAAUCAGAAAUCACCUCUGAUAUCGAUACCAAUCAGAAGCCAUUUCUGAAGUGUGUUAUGUCAUUCAGUUUAUUUUGCUGACAAACCAAGCAAAGUCCAUGAAACUUAUUCUAAAGUUUUUUUCUAAGUCAAUAAAGUUUAAUGUGGCUGAAGUUUA